UGGAGGUAUAGGUAUUUUAAAAAGUAAAACCAUUAAGAUUGUGAAGAGUAAAACAAGAGGUGCAAUAAGAGACUAACCCAAUUUGUUUUCAACGGACUAGGUCUCUGGCCCAACAUUGAUGAGUAGAAUCGAGUUUGCUGUGCUUAGCGUUUAUUGUUGGAAAUUUCAUUCUCUAAAACAUUCUAUAGAAUAGAACCCGCGAUUCCGGUGGACACCACGGUACAAUGCUUUAGAUUUGUAACAAUUCACUUUUGCUUGUAGUUUCUUUUAGUCAUUUUCACAAACAUCUUUCGCUCAACGUUAACCGAAGAAAUUUGGGCCAUAAUAUUCUGACACUCUGUCUAAUUUCGAUACAUUGAAGUGUACAUCGCUUAUUUGUCAGUCAUGAACAGAGUCGGAUCUAGAAUAUCUCUUCUCUCUGUUGUGCUAUUACGCAUCAACCAUAACUCACUCGUUGUUAAUCGUUGUCAUGUAGUAGAACAGUCCCUUGUGAGUGAUGGUUUCAAUUUGUUUAACCCUUUGAAGUAUGAAACGUUUUUAGCUCCGCCAAAUUUUGGUUUAUCAGUCAGGCCCUUUUCUACUUCAUCUUCAACCAGAAGCCUUGGGGAGUCAACUGAUGCCCCUGCACACGAGGCCUUGAGUGAUGAAGAUGAUGGGGAUGGGGAUGAGGAAGAUGAUUAUGAUGAUGGUCAUGGCAAGAAUAAAAACAAGAAUGGUACCGAUUGUAGUAAGUUACAUUUAAGAGAUGAUGAUCUUGCCCCAGAUGUUAAAACCAUUUUGGAUAUAAUGCAUGAGAUGGGUUCUGGACCAUCUGACAUUAAGCAAAAGCUUGAGCAUUGCAGUGUGGCGCUAUCACAAGAGCUGGUUGGGGAGGUCCUUUCAAAAACUCGCAAUGAUUGGGAAGCGGCUUUCACAUUUUUCUUAUGGGCUGGCAAGCAGCCUGGGUAUACUCAUUCGGUUCGGGAGUAUCAUUCUAUGAUCUCCAUUCUUGGCAAAAUGAGGAAGUUUGAUACUGCUUGGACCUUAAUUGAGGAAAUGAGAGGAGGUAGAACUGGUCCAUCUCUUAUCACUCCACAGACACUGUUGAUCAUGAUCAGGAGAUACUGUGCUAUACAUGAUGUUGCAAGGGCUAUCAAUACUUUCUAUGCUUAUAAACGGUUUAACUUUCAAAUUGGGCUAGAGGAAUUUCAGAGCCUUCUUUCUGCCCUUUGCCGGUAUAAGAAUGUGCAGGAUGCUGAGAACUUACUGUUCUGCAACAAAAAUGUAUUCCCACUUGACAUUAAAAGCUUUAACAUAAUUCUGAAUGGAUGGUGUAAUUUGAUUGUUAGCACUAGUCAUGCAGAAAGAAUAUGGAAGGAGAUGAGCAAGAGAGGAAUCAAACACGAUGUUGUCUCUUAUGGAAGUAUCAUAUCCUGCUAUUCAAAGUCUUCUACACUCUACAAGGUGCUUAGGAUGUUUGACGAUAUGAAGAAAAGGAAGAUCACUCCCGAUAGGAAGGUUUAUAAUGCUGUAAUUCAUGCUCUAGCAAAGGGUAGGCUUGUGAAAGAAGCUGUGAAUCUCAUUCGAAAAAUGGAGGACAACAACAUUAUUCCAGAUGUUGUUACUUACAACUCCUUGAUCAGGCCUCUUUGUAAAGCUCGCAAAGUUGAUGAAGCUAAACAAUUUUUUGAUGAGAUGUUGAAGAGGAGCUUAUGCCCAACAAUUCAAACUUUCCAUGCUUUCUUCCGUAUGUUAAGGACCAAGGAAGAAGUAUUUGAGCUCUUGGACAAAAUGAGAGAGCUGGGAUGCUGCCCAACCAAUGAGACUUAUAUAAUGUUGAUAAGAAAGUUUUGCCGUUGGCGCCAGCUUGAUGAUGUAUUUAAGAUAUGGGAUGCAAUGAAGGAAGAUGGAAUCGGACAUGAUCGUAGUUCAUAUAUAGUACUGAUUCAUGGGCUGUUUCUGAAUGGAAAGCUAGAAGAUGCAUUCAGAUAUUAUGCAGAGAUGCAAGAGAAAGGCUUCCUUCCUGAACCAAAAACAGAAGAAAUACUUCAGGCAUGGGUUUCUGGGAAACAGUCAACGGAGGACCAGGUGACAGAUGUAGAACCUAAUGGACUUGAAAAUGAUAGUUUUAAAAAUAAAGUAAAGGACAUACCCAGUAAAUUUGAUAGGGAAAAAAAUUUUCUUCGCCAACCUGAGACCAGAAGAGUAAUAAGAGAACGAGGUUUUUCUUUGUGGGAUUAAGACGAGGUCCCUCCAAUGACACUUUAAUACUAUACCUUUGAAGAUGACACUUAUUGGUCAGCAUACCUCAAAUUCAAAGAGGUGGAUGGCAUGCGGGUGUAUAGCCAGACUUCAAUUUCCUCAUCACAAACAAGAGCUGCAAGGGUAUAACAGACAUCUUUUAUUUUCGGGCCUUUGGCCCUGUGAUAUAAGAUCUCCUGUGGCCUCUGUUUUUAUGUUGUUAGUGCUUUGGUCUUAUGGCUUGUUAGGUCCCUGCAAACAUGAUAUUUUCCCAUGAACCAUCAUUCAACUAUUAUGGAGACUGGAGAUUAUUUGAUCCUGGGGUUGAAGUGACUGAGGCUUCAUUGCUAGAACUUAAGCCUAUCCCUGACCCCCUAACCAGGUCUUAAAAGAGCGUCAUUGACAAUCAGUUUGCAUCCAGGUAGCAUGAUUGAACAUUCAUGUAAUACACCAAUAGAGCAGAAGCGGGAGUUCGAGAAAGAGGGUUAGUAUUAGUGAGGUGCAUGAGUGAGCUGACUGUGUGGAAUCCGUAACUUCUAUUGAUACGUUGGUUCUUAUUAAAAUGGUUUCUGAAACAAUUUGUGGAUUAUGGCCGCAUCUGGUCUAGUGGUUCUUAAUGGUAUAUAGGUAGCUUUAAUUAUGGGUGAAGUUUGGAUGAUCAAAUUGAAGAAUGCUGAAAGCUAUGGUUGAAGUUUCUAAGUGUCCUUUGGCUUGGAAACUUGAUUCUUAGAUGAAGAUCUUGGUUUUGCUAAAUGGAUAGUUGGCUUAGGGAAGGAGAGAGACUAUGUCGUUCUGCAAAGAUUACGAGAAAGGAAUAUGAGAGAAAAAGGAAAUGAACCAAGUACAAGAUUGGUUCUUACCAAUUCGACUAGUUCAUGUAGCUUGGGAUAAACUGUGAUCAACCUCUAGCUCCCACUUGGAUAAAGCUAAUGAACACCACCAAAUGACAAGAGGACCUCUAGCUCCACCUUGGAUAAGCUAAGGAGCACUACCAAAGAAAAACAAGAGAGAACCACCACUUGAACUUAGAUCAAGGCUAAGAACUCUUUAGCAAGAAGAUUCACACUCUUCUUAAACUCAAUACACUUAUGUAUUAUUCAAAUCAGAGUUAUAUACCAAGUUGAUUGAUACCGGAUAGAACUAGUUGAUUCAAACCAAUCUAAAAAUCUCCUUUGUAAUCCUUCUAUAUAUCUCUUACACUUGAAUAUAUCUUGGUUCUUUAUUUUUGCAAGAACCUUAACUCCCAAAUCAAGUGUUACAGGAAAACUUUUCAAAAUCUUAUAGUGUUUCCUAUUACAACUAUACUAUAUGUUGAUCCUAUGUCUUUAUUUUGCUGCAAUUUUAUUUAACGUUUAUUAAUCUAUUGAAUUGUAAUAAGUGUUGUUUUAGAGUCUCUGCAUUGUCUCCUUUAACUCUUUUUGGUAGUCAUAUUAUUUUUUUAAUUUAUUGUAUUGUAUCUUUAAAAUUCCUUGAAGUUUUAUCUAGAGUUUUGUAUUUUCUUUGAUCUCUUGAGUUAAGAUUUAGAUCUCGCAAUGUUUUUCACAUUGUUUGUUCACUCUUUGCUUAAACUAUCGGAGUUUUUUGCCAUGUGCUAAAGAGAAUUUGAGUGAUAAAAUGCGAGAGAGUACAUUCAAGAAAAAGCCUAUAAGUGUGAUACACAAGUGAGAAUUUGAGUGAAACACAUAGAAGAGUAAUGUGGUCCUAAAUAUAUUUUAUUAUACUAACAUUUUCAUGUAGGAACUAGCAAUAUUGAGUAAUGCAACAUGUUUCCGCAAAGGACUUAAAAGUACCAAGAGAAUGACACGUAGAGAUACACCUAGUGUUUGUGAGGCCCUGGUGGAGAAUGUCAAUUUCUUGGAAUCCAUAAUUAUAAAGUUGAAUGACAAGAUGGCUAGUAUUAAAAGGAAGUACAAUCCUGAUAGAAAAUCAUUAUCAAAGACAAGUGCACUAAGAUGUUCCAAAUGUUGAGGCUAUGGACAUGAAACUCAUCAAUGUCCUAAUGGGGAUACAAGUCUCAUUACUAAUGAAGACCUCAAGAACUACAUUUUAUACUUGAAAGAAGAGGAAGAAAGGAUAAUGCAAAAAUUAGAUGUAUUAAAAAGAAGGCAAGAGCGGAAGCUAAAAAGAGCACAUGAGAAGGAAACACUUAUAAAAAAUGAAGGA